AUGAUCCAGAACCUGAACUGCGCCGCCGUGUAUGGAGGACAACUCGUCCACGUGAAGCUUCCGAGACACGCGCAUGUGGAAGACGUCAAACGCGCUAUCUUCACGCAGCUCAACUGCGAACAAGGUGCCGACAUUGCGCUCUUCCUUGCGAGGGAUAGUUGUGGCACCUGGUUGACGGAGGAGCAUCCAGAGUAUCAACAACUCAAAUACGGAAACCACGUGAUCCCGCACCGCAUCGAGACCAUGACGAGCAACUACAUGUGCGACGACACAUCUCUCAGCACCAUCCCGUUCCCGAAGCGCGGACGCGGGUACAUUGACGUACUCUUUGAAGUCUCUGGGUACGGCCCGAUCCAGCCGCGCUACAAAACGGAAGAUAAGCACUGCGGCCCCGCCAGUUGUGCCGUCUUCUUGUGCGCUGGGCUGGCGACCGCUGCAAUCAUCCCGCACUUACCCUUCGUUGCCGCGGUAAUUGCUGAUAACGGGCGUGGUGACGGAGGGCGCCCUGAUCCUCUCCGAUCCGCUUUUAGUUGA